AUGCAACCGUGUGCUACUGUAGCGCAAUCUGACUGUUCUAAAAUAAUACAACAUGGUAAUACGGCAAUGUAUUAUCUGAUGAAUACAAUGAUGAAUAUGAACUUUGUGACAACAAAUGUACCAAAUUUGAACUGCUGUGCUGUUUGUGGUAGCAUUUUUCGACUAACUUCAGAUUUGGUUCAGCAUAUGCGUAUUAAUCAUCGGUCAAGUCAUUAUUCACGAACACGAAAGCGAGUAUCACAGUGA